AUGUUUCCUGUCACAAUCAUCUUUCCAUCCUUAGUAUCCCUGUGUUACGAAGUGAACAAUUACCAGAGAAAAGGUAUUCAUUGUACUCAGGUAUUAACAAAGAACACUCGAGAUCUUUUUUACAGCUACGAUGUCAUUACGAUAAACUUCUCAGCGCUUUUCAAUGUCCUUGCUAUUAUUAUCACCGUCGCUUCGGCCGACUUUGGCUCAUCUUUAAGCGCUGCUACUGGUGGCAGUAACAAUGAAGGUGGAGUCUUGAUAUUCUUACCAAUACGCUCAAAAGUGGUAUCCUUACCAGCAGCGACGUUAUUUUUCAAGACCACUGGUGCUUCUGUCAACUCUGAAUAA